AUGAACUCGACAAGUAGCAACUCAAGGUGGGUACCCACGUGCGUGCAUGCGUGCAUGUGCGUGUGUAUCGUGUGUGUGUUUGUUGACGCCCUGUACGCCCCACGUGCUGUCCGUGUGUGUAGGAGACAGUAGAGUUGAUCGACAAUGACGACGACAGUGAGAUCAGCCCCGAGGACUUCUACUUUGCGCUCCCACGAGGGUCAGCCAGCACGCCCGCCCCACCCUCCACACAGACAGAGAGAGUGAGAGAGAGAGAGAGAGAGAGCGGCAGAUCACAUCUGAGUCCAUCCAUUCAUUCCUUAAUGGCUGCCUGUAUGCAGGUGGCCUCCUUGCAAUCGACAAGAAACUACAGCGGAGAAGCCCUUGCCGGCCGGCCUGCACGCUACAAUGGGGGCGUGAAUUGAUGAGGUGGGCGCUGGAGAAGGUCGCUGUCUCAGCGGUAACAGUGUCUGUUCUCCUCUUCGAAUCUGUCGUUGCAGGUGGCCUCGCUGCGAUCGACAAAGAACUACGGCGCGGAAGCUCUUGCCGGCCAGCCUGCACGCUGCAACGGAAGCGUGAAUUCAUGAGGUGAGCGCUGGAGAAGGCCGCUGUGUGAGCGGUAACAGUGCCUGUUCUGCUCUUCGCAUCUGUCGUUGCAGGUGGCCUCGCUGCGAUCGACAAAGAACUACGGCGCGGAAGCUUUUGCCGGCCAGCCUGCACGCUGCAUUGGGGGCGUGAAUUAAUGAGGUGAGCGCUGGAGAAGGCCGCUAUCUUAGCGGUAACAGUGCCUGUUCUGCUCUUCGAAUCUGUCGUUGCAGGUGGCCUCCCUGCGAUCGACAAAGAACUACGGCGCGGAAGCUUUUGCCGGCCAGCCUGCACGCUGCAAUGGGGGCGUGAAUUCAUGAGGUGAGCGCUGGAGAAGGCCGCUGUCUGAGCGGUAACAGUGCCUGUUCUGCUCUUCGAAUCUGUCGUUGCAGGUGGCCUCCCUGCGAUCGACAAAGAACUACGGCGCGGAAGCUCUUGCCGGCCAGCCUGCACGCUGCAAUGGGGGCGUGAAUUAGUGAGGUGAGCGCUGGAGAAGGCCGCUGUCUCAGCGAUAACAGUGCCUGUUCUCCUCUUCGAAUCUGUCGUUGAAAUCUCGCGAAAUCAGAAAUGCUGCCAGAAUCGGCGAGCAGUUUCACGGAGUCGGAUGCGAGCUUAGCUAUGCGAUGUAGGUCGUGGAUACCAGUCCCACUACGACACAUGUGUGUAUCCAUCCUUUCCCUGUCCAUCUCUUCCGGCAGAUGUAUGACCUCUUCAACGCUGCACUCAUCCCGCCACUCCGGGUAUGUAUGUAUGUGUGAAUGCCGGCCACACACACUCACCAGACACACGGAACACAGCCCACCUGUAGGCCAGGCCGCUUACUGUAUGUCCAUCUCUUCCCUCUUGAUUGAUGCAGGAAAUAGUGUCCGUCUACAGGAGCUCCAGGCUGCAUCCGCGCACAGCCAGCCGAACCUACCGACGGCAAUAGCAGCAGCAGCGAGCCGGCUGAUGGCGCAGCAGCUGCGGCAGACGCAGCAGCACCCGCCGACAAAGACAAUGAACAACAGGUGAGUGAGCACCACCCCCACGGACUGCCCUCUGUCUACGUGCAUGCCUUCUCGUUUCUCUGUGUGUCUUUUUGUGUGUGUGUGUGUGUGUGUGUGCGUGUGUUGACAGCAUUCGUCGUUGA